AUGUUUAGUCACUUUUAUCUUUGGGGUGAAGCCGAAGAUCAAGAUAUUUUGGAAUUUUAUCCAACUGAUAAUAGAUUUACCCAAGUAAUGCAAGUUGCAAGCAUCAUAAAUAUAAUUAUCACAAAUGCUGGCUAUCUUAUAAUUGCUAGUAGACAAUUUGUUCAAUUAUUCGCAAGUGAAAUUAACUUCAUUUCCAUAUUUGUUGGUGCUAUUAUGGUCAUAUUCGUUUGUGGCGCGCUUGAUUAUUACUAUGAAAGUAGAUAUGAAAAUAUCAUCGAACUCAUUGGAUCAAUAACAUACUCUUUCAUGGCACUUUUACUUCCUCCUAUACUAUACAUCAGAGCAUUCAAAGUAAAAGGCUUGAAAGGCUGGUCUGCAUUAAUUCAUUUAAUUAUUUGCCUCGCUAUCACUGGAUUGAUUAUCAAAACGUAUUUCUAG